AUGGCAAUUGAAACUCGUGAUAACAUUAGAGAUGAUAACAUUCGAAAAGUUGUUUUAAGGGAGUUAGCAUGGACAGAAGGGUACAGGAGAGUGGUAUUGGAGUCGGAUUCUUUGAUUGGUAUACAACUAAUCAAAGAAGGUUCAGAAGAUGGUCCAUAUGGCAACAUUAUCUACAGGAUUAGACAAUGGAUGAGGAAGGAGUGGCAGUGCAAGCUCAACCACACUUGGAGAGAAGGGAAUGGGUGCGCAGAUAGCUUGGCAAAGUGGAGUCACCAGCAAGAACUUGGACUAACAGUACUAGAUAGGCCAGCUGAUGUUGUUAAGAGGUGUUUGAAUGAGGAUCUAAGGGGAGUUGCAUCCUCUCGCUAUAUUACUCUAUAA